AUGUACGUUGAUCUAAAAAGUCAUGAUUUUAAAAAAAUAAGAAUCAGAGAUACUUCCUUAAUAGGAGGAAAUUUUGCAAAAUGUAAUUUAAGCUUAUCUGAAUUUAAUAAUGUGAAUAUAAAUGGAAUUAAUAUUAAUAGAGCAAUAAUGAUUGGCUGCAUCUGGAGAGAUCUGAAGAUUAAUGAGUUGCAUACAUUAGAUGGUCAUUCAGAUAAUGUAAGUACAAUUUGUUACUCUCCUGACAGUACUACGUUAGCAUUUGGUAGUGAAGAUAACUCUAUCCGUUUAUGGGAUGUUAAAACAGGAGAAGAAAAAGCCAAAUUAGAUGGUCAUGAAUUUGGUAUUAAUUGAUGGUACUAUAUUAGCAUCUCGUAGAUGA